CGCCGGCUCUUUGCGUCUGCGCACUAGCGCCCGCCCGCUACCGGCGCCUGACGUCACGGGGCGGGCGCCGCUCCAUCCGGGUCUCCGGGCACCGCCCCUUGGAUGACGCCACAAUCGCGGACGCCUCCUCCGUGACGCACACCCGGUCCGUCGCGUUGUGACGUCACAGAGCCCGGGGCCCCGCCCUCCCGUUUUCUCCUUGGGCGCCUCCCUCCGCUCCCCCCAAGGGGCGGGGCGUUGCGAUGAAACGGUGGCACGAGCCUAAGCCGGCCCCUAGUGGAGCAGAACGCCCCCUGGUUCCAGCCUGUCCCACGCACCGGCCGGGACGGCUCCAACGCCAUCUCCUGAGCGGCGAGUUCGACCAGCUGCGGGAUUUACCCAUCUUUGAGAGCAACUUCGUGCAGGCUGUUCCCCUUGCAGUUCGUCCAGCUCUUCGUCCACGACGAAAGCCGCUGGCAACUGAAGGUCAAGUUCCGCACCGGCCGCGCCUUCUACCUGCAGCUGCGGGCCCCGCCGGAGACCCGCGACCGCAAGUUCGGCCAGUGGGUGCGGCUGCUCUACCGCCUGCGCUUCCAUUCGGCCCAGGGAGCCGUACCCUUCACGCAGGAGUGCUCGGCGCUGGAGGACGACAAGGACGAGGAUCCGAGCAGGAGGAAGUGAGCGGACGAGGGCUGCCUCAUCGUGGUUGCCAUUCCAACCUGGCUGUCCCCAUCACCCAGCCCCAGGUGACUAAGCCCUACAGGAGGAGGAAGGCGGAGCUACAGACUCAAGAAGGACAGACAUAUGGGAGUCCAAGACAAGACUAUGAUCUUCUCAUUGAUAACUCGGGAAAGGGAAACGUGUUGGGGGAGGUCUGGGUUAGGACUCAGCAGCCAAUUAUCUUGGCAGGUGGGAGAGAGCGCUUCACUGCGGCACUGUGGGGGGAAAACAGAAAAGGGUGGUAAAAAUGCUUGUCCCACCACCACCCGCCCCUGCCCCCGGGCCUGUGCCCGCUGGAUUCACUUGACCAGCACGGGGAGCAGGUUUUCCCUUCAUCACCUAGCUCAGCACCUGGUCAACCCAACUCCAUAGAGCCCUGAUUCCUGUAGUUUUGAACCCCAAACUGGGACGUUCUGAUUACAGAGCAGCUGCUGGAGACCAGCCGUCACCGGAAUCCUGAAGUAGGGAUAUUUCUGAACGGAUUCAAUAGUUGAUAAGGGGGACGGCAGAACCCUAGGAAUUAUCAACAGGUCGGCCUGGCAGCUCAGCGCCUCGGAAUGACAGGCAGGAGGUGCUUGGAGUGAUCCCUCUGGACGCUUUGCUAAGGGUCUGCAGCCCCUUCUGUCUACUGGGCUGUCGUCAGAGCCAGGGAGGGACUCUGGAAGCCCCUAUGAACGUCAGUCGCCUCUGAGGGACUUGCUUAGCGGCCUCCCCACGAGUCUCGGCUGGUGGAUGCUUGCUGGACUGAAGCCCAAGGCGGAGGCUGCAAGGAAGAGCAUUCUGGGUAGAGGGAAAAGCACGUGCAAAGUCCCAGGGGCAGGAGAGGCACAACCAGUUUGUCCAACCGCCAACUGCUCAGUGUGGCUGGAAAAUGGGGGCGCUUGAGGCUGGAGAGGGGCUGGGGGUGGCAGAGGCAGGACCAUGACCCCAGGAUGAAGGGUUCCGGGGCUGCUGGGGAGCCCUGUGAGCAGGUCAACUGUGGAUAUGGGCCAGGCACCCUCUAGGGCCCGGAGGUGGAACCGGAGAGAGAGACUGGAGGCCCUGAGGCCCGAGAGGAGGCUGGCGCAGGAUUCAGGAAGGAGGACAGAUGAGGCUGGGGCUGUGGGGCAGAGAGGUGGGGACAGGAGGGGGACAGGGACAGGCUUUGGAGGGGGCUCAUUUUUCGGGGCUCCCACAGCCCCCCGUCCUCUGCCACUACCCAUGUUGCUUUCAGUGCUGUGCCACACACCUCCCCAGGCACACUGGAAGCCUUAGCGAUCAUUUGCUAAGUUCUUCUCGCCCUCAUUCACCUCUUAUUUGUCCCUCAGCUCCUUUGGAAAACCUCAGACUCCUGCCCAGGCCGGGUCAGGCGCUCUCCCUCCCCCACCCCUACAAUACCCUGUGCUGCCUUCCCUCCCCCACGUGUCACCCUGAAACAUCCUGCUGGGGUCUGAAUCGGCUUCCCAAUCACACUCCCAGGGGGCCCGGGUCUGCCUAGGCUCUGGUCUCAGCCCUGCUCAGCACGGGCCUCCCGUUAGCUUGGUAAAGGGAGUGGAUGAGGGUCAGCAGGGGUGCACUGGGGGCCGCCCCACGCUCACUUCGGAC